ACCUUGUCUUACUAUUAUAUGACAGAUUUGUGUUCAAAUUGAGACCUACUGGAAAACACUAAUGAUAAAUAGCAAAGCUUUAAGGACUGAAAUAAAACUGAACUCUUCCUAUAGUCGAGUUAUUGACCAAGGCAUGAUAAACAAAUGUGCUCCUCUUAAGGUGGGCUGCGUGCGCACGGUCACUACACAGUCUGAUCUAAGUUAAGCGCAAGCCACACGCAAAACUCCAGAGGUCCGCACAUUUGUAGCCUAUUUUGGUGAGCAUACCAACAUUUUACACCAUUUUACCCGUGGCAAUUGGGGUGUGAACUGCUUCGUGCUCUGAUUCAACACCUUGAAGUCAGGGUUAUCCCUAGCAUUUUCAGUUCAUAUGUGGAAACAUUUGGGGAAACACCGAACGGACCGGCUUCCUUUUCAACGUUGUCUGGGUGAAUAAUGACGGAGUAUAAGCUGGUAGUAGUGGGGGCUGGUGGUGUGGGGAAGAGCGCCUUGACAAUACAGCUCAUUCAGAACCAUUUUGUUGAUGAGUACGACCCUACAAUUGAGGACUCCUACAGGAAGCAGGUGGUGAUUGAUGGAGAGACGUGUCUGUUGGACAUCCUGGACACGGCAGGACAGGAGGAGUACAGUGCCAUGAGGGACCAGUACAUGAGGACUGGAGAGGGCUUUCUCUGUGUCUUCGCCAUCAACAACAGCAAGUCAUUUGAGGAUAUCCACCACUACAGGGAACAGAUCAAGAGGGUUAAGGACUCAGAGGAUGUUCCCAUGGUCCUGGUGGGGAAUAAGUGUGAUCUUCCAUCUCGGACGGUGGACUCCAAGCAGGCUCUGGACCUCGCCUGGAGCUAUCGGAUCCCCUUCAUAGAAACCUCCGCCAAAACCAGACAGGGCGUUGACGAUGCCUUCUACACACUAGUGCGAGAAAUCCGCAAACACAAAGAGAAAAUGAGCAAAGAGGGCAAGAAGAAGAAGAAGUCAAAGACGAAGAAGUGUAGCAUCAUGUGAAGAGGACGAGUGUCGAGGUGAACCACACUCCCAUGCACAAACACACACACUAUUGCAGUAAGGACGCUGUCGGAGAACACCAAAUUAAAAACAAACUCUUUUUUUUUUUUUGUCUUCUUGAAAUGCCAAAGUGUGCUUCUUAAUAAGUGUGGCAUUACUGAACUUCACAAAAAACUCAUCCAUUGUAAAGUCAUCCAAGCACCCCAGCCAACUGCUGCAUCAGUUUCCCCUCGGGGUGUUUCACCUGUGUCUGUCGGAUGGUUGUGUUCAGUUGUUACCGAAGUCUUUCCGAAAUGGACAUGGAGUCUCCUCUCUAUUGCCUGCAUCAUGUGCGAUCACUGUCUCCUCUCCUGAGUCUUCCCCUCACAAGGGAGGUUCAAGAGUCUAGCACAUAUUGUCCACUGUCUUCUCAAACACUAAUUCCCCUCACUGGAGGCUGGGAAUGGCUACUCAACUCUGACGCUGAUUAUUGUGAGAGGGCGUUCCCUGUCAAGAACUGUCCCGCCUUUUACAGCAAUCUACUGGAAUCGGACUAUGACGGAAUACUGUACCAUUCCGUGGGUCAACUCUCAGUGCUUCAUGAGUAAAGCCACUGGACAAGAACUUUAAUGGACAGCACCAGUAUGUUAUUUUUGCGUUGUUCAGUGAUUGAGGACAUUGCUUGCUUGAUCCCAGAGUAACACGCUAAGAUCCCCUUAUCUUUGUGUUGAGUACUUCAACACCUGACAGAGUUUCACAAUGACAACGUUUUUUUUUUUUUUUUUGUCGUUUUUUAUGUGUGAAACUGACAUGUGAGGUUUUUCCAAUUAACACUUGGUCGCUCACAAUGUAGUGAGCAAACGCAGAGACAUUUAUUGUUUGUUUUUUUAUGUUUUUGCUAUUCGAUUCCUGCAACAGUGCACAAGCCUUUAUGUUGAUGAUGUCAUGGAGCAUUCUUUUGUCUGUGCCAUGCCUAAACUAACAAUGCUGUAAAAUAUCUUAACUAAAACUGCAGGGGAUCGUUGUACAGUAUCGCAUUUGUCUACUAUGCUAAACAGUUAUAACCUGUUUGUAAAGGUUUCACUGAGGUUUUGAUUUGUUUAUGAGUGGUCCUUCUAAUCCUAUUUUCUCACUAAAUUUAGAGUGUAAUCUGGAAUUGACCCCAACAGCAUUAAUGUAUAAAAGUACCAAUGUACUUUCACACUCUCAAAUGCAUUGAUGGUUGACGUUUUGUACAUAAAUGUAGUUGUUGUUUUUCAUUGUUUGUUUGGUUUGUCACAACUUUGUGUCCUGAAUGGUCUAUACUUAAAAAAAGCACCUGCACCUAAUGGUCAUGAAUACAUUACAUUCAGUUUUUUUCAGUUAGAAGUGGGAAUGUGAAGACUGACUAAGCUGAUUAUGUUUUUUUGUUUUUAAAUGUCUCUUAGGCUAACACCAUGCGUUGUGUGAUAAGUAACAUUUACAUUGCUAUAUUGUUUGUUCCACACCUAUCUAAUAUUGGUGCCAUUAAUAAAACUUUUAGAACAGUUGAUUAUUU